AUGGUACUAAUACUCGACAACGAUCUUAAACCGUUAUAUUUUACUUUAGCAAUUAUCAGUGCGUCUUUUUUAGUGAAAAGAGCCUAUCAAUCAACUAAUAUUUAUGACUUUUUCAAUAUUAAAAAAAAAUGCAACCCAUUCCCUCAAUCACAAAGUGAAUUAGUUGAUUUACUUCAUUAUCAAAAAAGAAUGGUAUUAAAUAAAACAAUUGUUGAAACAUUAAAAUUUGUUGAUAGGAAAUUAUUUUUAGAGAAUAAAAAUGUAGAGAAUCCAUAUUAUGAUGAACCUAAACCAAUUGGAUAUAAUGCAACGAUAUCAGCACCUCAUAUGCAUGCAUUGAUGUUAGAUCUUUUAGCUGAUCGUAUACCAAUGAGUAAUGGAGUUGCAUUGGAUAUUGGAUCAGGAUCAGGUUAUGUUACAGCAUGUUUAGGACAUUUAAUGGGUUGUACAGGUAGAGUUAUAGGUGUUGAACAUAUUCCAGAAUUGAUUGAAAGAUCAAUAGAGAGUAUUAAAAGAUUGGAUUCAACAUUAUUAGACAGAAUUCAAUUCCUUGUUGGUGACGGUAUAAAAGGUUGGAAACAAUUAAAAUAUGAUAUCAUCUAUUUGGGUGCUGCCAUCGAAUCAUUACAAGUUGCACGUGAAUUAAUAGAUCAAUUGAAAAAUGGUGGUAGAAUAGUUAUGCCUGUUGGUAAAUCAAACGAUUUCCAUGAACUCAUGGUAGUAGAUAAAAAUGAAGAUGGUAUUGUAUCAAUUAAAUCUUUAGGUGUUGUUAGAUUCGUACCUCUAACUUCAAAAGAAAAUCAAUUAAAUCCUAAAAAUAAACCAAAUGCCACAAAAGUUACAAAUAUAAAUGGUGAAAAAACUUUAAUUCGUUGUGAAAUUAUACCAGCUCCUGAUUCAAAUUCAAAUAAUAAUAUAAAAGAAUUUGAAAAUUUAAUAAAUAAAAAAUAA